AUACGCAUAACCUUUUUAUUUUACCAUUCGGUUUUGCGGUUUGCUUCGAUAGUGAUUUGGUGCGCGAGUGACUGGCUGCAUUGGAGCCGAUCAUUCAACACAAGCGCGACACUUGGCGAUGAAGCUGAAACCACCAGCUACAGAAGCGUAAUCUCUUACAUUGCCAAAAUUACGGGCGGAAUUAAAUACAACUCUCUGUCUCCGGCCUCUCAAAGGAGAGACAGGAGGUUCAUCAUGUCUGCCAAAGAGAGGUUAAAAGGGAAGGUGACCAAAGACAGCGUUACCUUGCUGCCUUGUUUCUAUUUCGUUGAGCUCCCGAUCAUGGCCUCCUCUGUGGUCAGCCUAUAUUUUCUGGAGCUGACCGACGUGUUCAAACCGGUGCGGUUGGGUUACAGCUGCAAUGACCGCAGUCUGAGCAUGCCAUACAUCAAGCCCGCUGAGGAAGUCAUCCCUUUCCUCAUGCUCUUCAGCCUGGCCUUCGCUGGACCUACAGCUACGAUAAUGAUAGGAGAAGGUAUCCUGUAUUGCUGUCUGUCUAGGAGAAAGACUGGGGUCAAAACAGAGGCCAAUAUCAAUGCAGCUGGCUGCAAUUUCAACUCGUAUAUACGGCGUGCUGUUCGGUUUGUUGGGGUCCACGUAUUUGGACUGUGCCUCACGGCUCUCAUCACUGAUAUCAUCCAGCUGUCGACGGGCUACCACGCCCCAUACUUCCUGACAGUGUGUAAACCCAAUUACACCACGCUCAACUUGACCUGUGAUGACAGCUCCUUCAUCACAGAGGACUUCUGUUCUGGAGGAGCAGACCCAGCCAUCAUCAACGCUGGCAGGAAGUCCUUUCCCUCGCAGCAUGCCACUCUGGCCGCCUUCGCUGCUGUCUACGUCUCUAUGUACUUCAACGCUACGUUGACGGACUCCUCCAAGCUGCUGAAGCCCCUGCUGGUCUUCACCUUCAUCAUGGGUGGCAUCAUCUGUGGCCUGACCCGCAUCAUCCAGUUCAAGAACCACGCCAUCGACGUCUACUGUGGCUUCCUCAUCGGAGGAGGGAUCGCCGUCUACCUGGGUCUGUAUGCAGUGGGUAACUUCCAGCCUACUCGGGACACGUCCAGACAGCAGCCCCAGCCUCCCCCGCUCCGCGAGCCCCCCAGGAGCAACACCGUGCCCAACGUCAGCCAGAGCGCAGGGCGCCACCUGCAGCCCAACAGCCUCAACAGCAUGAACAGCCUAAACAGCGCCAGCACCACCGACAGCCUCACCGCCGCCCGUCCCGUGACCCUCCUGACCCGGGUCCCCUCCUGCCGCGAGUCCAGCUCCCUGAACAACCUGAAGAGGGCCAGUGCUGACGUGGAGUGCAUCACCUCGUCAAGCACCCUGUGUAAACAGGACAGCCUGGUGACCUUUAACAGUAGCACGUUACCCAGGUCGCACGGCGGCUCGCUCCCCGAGGAGCACCGUGUCCCGCGCCGCCACGCCAGCAUCCACGCCUCCAUGGACUCCACGCGCUCCAAGCAGCUGCUGUCUCAGUGGAAGAGCAAGAACGAGAACCGCAAGCUCUCUCUUCAGGUGAUGGACAGUGGGGUGGUGGUGGGACGCCACCAUUCAACGUCCUCCUCCUCCUCGCCUCAGAGGACCAUGGAGCUGAGGUGCAGCUCUGAGCCAUCCGCCAUGGGCCUGGAGGCGGAGCUCCGUGCUCAGGGACACAUCCCCGCCCAGUACAUGAAGCUGGCAGCUAGCAUCGUGCCGCUGUCCAACCACCUCCCUCACAAUGGGGGCAGCAGCGGCCUGGCUGCGGGGGCCCGCGUCUCCAUCCAGUCCCGGCCAGGCUCCUCCCAGCUGGUCCACAUCCCCGAGGAGACCCAGGAGCACAACAGCAGCACCUCCACCAGGGAGGAUGAGGAUGACGAGGACAGGGAGGAUAGCUAUGCCGGUGGUGGGAUCCCUGGCGGGGGAGGCUCCGUGCGCUCCAAGUGGCUGAAGGUGGCCAAAGAGGGCGCCCUCUGCAGGACUAACAGCCUAACUAACCAGCCGCGCAUCAUGCAGGUCAUCACCGUGUCCAAGCAGCAGGGUCUGCUCCAACACGGCAGCCCCAAGAGCUCCGAGGACGGUAGCGUGGUCAGCUGCACAGGCUCCAUCCAUUACAAGGCCCUGACAGACCAGGAGCCCGGCCAGGGCAUCGUGAGGGUGGAGGCCCACCCGGAAAACAAGCCUGUGAUCAAGCCUCCGGAUGGCAGUGGCUCCUGGAGGUGGAAGCCGCAGGAGCAACGGGGCAGCAUCCGCCAGUCCUUUGAGCUCAACGACCUCAACCGCGACUCGGAGAGCUGCGACUCGCUCAAGGACGGCUACGGCUCCAUCGACGGGAGGAUGAGUCAGACGGGCACGGACACUGGCAGCGAGCGUGGCGGUGGGGGUCACCCCCACGUGCACCACCCACACUACCACCACCACCACCACCACCCCCACCAGGGCAUCACCACCAUCCGUGUGACCCCUGUGGAGGGACUAAGUGGAGGGGGCAGCGAGGCCGCCUCCGAGACCCUUUCCAUCGCCUCCAGUCGGGAGUCCACCCUGCGGAGGAAGGGCAAAAUCAUCCUGCUCCCGGAUAGAGGUCCAAGUCCGGACAACUCCAGGAACUAUUUCAAAGGAACCUCCCCCACACCGCCCCCCACCCUGGGUCUGGCGUAUAGGGAGUGAACAGCUGCACAGUCAGCACUUAUUCUUACUAUUCCCCCUUACUGCCCAUGUGGUGGUCCUAUCUGUGUCCCCCAUGAGUGGCCUUCUACACUGGAUCUAGUCUGGACCCCACAAUAAGACCAAUGAGAACAUUCAGCUCAUAAACGGCUGUAUAAGGUCAUAGUUCAUUAGAGCUAGCUUAGGGUUUCUGGUCCAGGAAGGCCACUGUACAUAGGGUUUUUUCCAUUACUCAAUAAUAUGAUAAUUCUUCAUUUUUCACAGUUGUUUUACUGUUAGACCUGGUUUGAUAGGACUGGACUACCUUUACUGGUGUGUGUUCUUUGAGAAAAUGAAACUAUAGCACACACAAUAAUCCUUUAAGAAUGCAGGAGAUGCUGGAUAAUCGCUACAAGGUAAUUUUGCGCACACUUUUCAACCCUCAUUUCAUUACAUUAACUUUGAUCCAUUUGAGAAGCACAACUUCUAACUCUUUUUAUAUAGUGGCUAUAGUGGUUUGAACUUAGAAUUUGAUACUAUUUGUUAUCACCCUGCAAGAGCCUUUGAUGGCAAUAAACCGUGCAAGUUGUUUAUUAAAGGUGCUUUCGUAAAUUCUCUCUGGAGUGCCAGAGAGUGCUCUGAGUGCGUUUGUAAAUUCAGAGCGUUGUCAGAUUGUCCGUUUGUAAAUUUAGAGCGUUUCGCUCUCGGAGCGUUCAGAGCGCACACUGGACACUGGCCGAGGAGUAGGGUUGAUCUGAGCGUUCUGUCCUCACAACGGCAGUCACUCACCCAAGCUAACUGACUAAAGUUAGCUAGCUUGCUAGCUACUUCCAGACAUAAAUGAGAGAACAGCUCACUCUGACCAUUUUACUCACACUAGCAGAGCUGGUUAGGCUGUUUUUAUGUUAUCCAGAGCUUUGGUGACUGUAACUGUGCUGCUGGCAACAAUUUAAUUGCGCUUUUUUUGCCUAUGUUUACUGAUACUGGCCGUAUUCAACAGGUGUUGAGCGUUCGUAAAUUCAUCAGUUAUUUUGCGCUCUGGCACACUCAGACGAGAGUGCUCUGAAAUCGGAGUAGAUAGCCAGAGUGAAUUUACGAACGCGCCCAAAGUUGAUAGACAUGAUGUUUUGUAGGCUUUUUCCGUUGACGAUCUGUUCUCUUUCUCAGCAUAUAAAUAUCCCUGUGUAAUGUGAUUGUCAUAGUGUGUUGCACUGCAUAGCAACUGCAUAGUAAAUGCAUAGCAACUCUAGAGGUGCUUUUCAUAAUACAACUUUCAUACAUAUAGUACCCUGACAAUUGUGAAAAUAAAUGUUUCUAUUUUUUGCUAUGUACUGUACAUAUUUAUAGUACUCUGAUUGUGCUGCCAACAAUAUCCACAUGUCCUCAUUUGCUUUUUGCUAAUUAUUGAUAGUCUAUUUUUACCAGAGAUGUGUUUAUUCAAAGUUGUUGUUUUUGGAACUUUACAAGGGGAUGCAUUGAUUUGGCAGGUGAUUUAUAAAAGAGCAAUGUUUUGAGAAAUCACCAAAUAUUAUCACUGGGGUUGCGAUAUUCCAGUAACUCUCCCAAAAUUCCCAGGGUUUUCAGAAGGUCGUGAGUGGAUUUCCUCCAGACGCUGGGAUUCUUACAACUGGGAUUUCUGAAAAACAGUAUGUCGUGCUUUUUUUUUUAGCUCACAGGGGUAUACAGCUGCAAAUACUGUAUAUUAAUAGACAACCAAGGGCAGUGGGUUAACUAUGUAAGAUAAUUGCUUACUAGGAGCCUUAAUAAAAAAACAUUUCUUAAAGAUGGGAAAUUCAAUAAGGACUUUGAGUCUUUGUGUCCUUUGUUGCCUUUAAAAGAAGUGUACUAUUAAGUAUUCGCUGUUAUUCACAUUUUGAUAAAGUAACCUUUUUCCUAUCAGCUCAUAUAGCCACCUGAAUGGUGAAGUCCACUAAAUAGUUCGUUUUUUUUUCAACUAAAAUCUAUAACUGCUGUACAUGUUGUGAAUGCUACUUACUUUGCACUCAACUCAUUUUCAAGUAAUGUAUCUAUUGAUGAGUGCCAUAAAAUGGAAACCACUCUCAGGAGAGGCUUCUCUUCCCAACCAUUGCUAUGCGCACACUAAUGGGUCUAAUUAUCCGGUUGAUUUUCCAGAUUGGACAAUGUGACAGCCAAGCCUGUGCUGUGGACUUUGGUUGUACUGUUAGAUUCAAUUAAAUCAUACAUUAUUCUCCCUUGGGCUAUAAUGUACCAUGUACGAGUCACGACUGAAGCCCUGUUUAUACCUGGUUCUAACAUGCGUCCUUUCUUGAUCUUGUUCACAUUCUGACUGUGCAUUGUGAUCAGAUCUUUCAGCCCACGUCCGGAGGUAGUCAGGUACACAGAGGUAGUCAGGCACACAAGUGUAGACAAAUGUGGACAGUGCAACCAUUUAAAUCAUCGUUAUCUCGCCCUUUAAAAUCAUUGACAGAUGGCACCAUUGACUUACCUCAUCAAUAGGUGUCUUAAAAUAAAUAAAUAUUAUUUUGAAAGAAUAGCAGUCAUAUAAUUUACAUACAGGGUGGAACCAGGAAAUAUGGUACCAAUGCAGACACAGUGGACGGAUUAGGCUUUUCACAUCAGAUAUUUUUCAGAGCUGAUCUGAUUUGUCAAAAGACCAAUUUGUGAAACAAAGAACAGAAUUGGGCUACCUGUGUAAAUGCAGCCUUCGAGAUAUUUUAAUACCACAUUAGACGCAUUUCUGAAAAUGUGGGCACAAUCAGAGUGAGGGCAAGAUCAGUACAAAGAACGCAUGUUUGCACCAGGUAUAAACAAGGCUUGAGAGAAGAGGUUGUAUAAUGCCAAUACCAUCCCUCUCCCUCCCACAAGAGGAAUAGUAAACAAGUGAGUCAUAAUCGGUAUCGAAAGCAAGUUUAUUAUAGUAAACUAAAACUGAAACUAAAACUAAUCAUGAAAAAACUAUUUAGUAAAAUAAAAUAAUUAACAAACCUGUUUGAAAAACUAAAACUAUACUGAAACUAUUAUCUUUGACUCCAAAACUAACUAAAAUAAACCAUCAUGAAUUAUGUCCAGUUUUAUAUAUUUUUUAAUUUUUAUAAGAAAAUUGGGUGUUCAAUGCGAUUUUCAAGCGUUUAAAUCUGGUGGGUAAAUGCGUCCAAGAGAUGGCGACGUUUCAAAUAGGCCUAGCUUGUGAAUCGCUACAGAGAGGAAGAGGCGAAGCGAGAGGCUUGAAUCUACCCCAAAAUCUGUCCAUGUGAAAAUACAGCCAGAAGCAGAGGAAGUGGUGAUUUUUUUGUAUGGAGCUGUCAAAUUUGGUCAAAAUACAUUUGAAUUGCUAACUUGCUGUGUGAGGCUUAUUUGAUCGAAUAGCUGUAAUAUUUAUGUUGUUACAAAUGUACUACUGUAAGUGGACUCACGUGGAAUUCCGGCAAGUUUGAAAAAAACAAUUUUGGUGUUGUGGAAAAAGUACCCUGUAGUCACACUUGAGUAAAAGUAAAGAUAACUUAAUAGAAAAUGACUCAUGUAAAAGUGAAAGUCACCCAGUAAAAUACAACUUCAGUAGAAGUCUGAAAGUGUUUGGCUUUAAAUAUACUUAAGUAUCAAAAGUAAAAGUCUAAAUAAUUUCAAAUUCCUUAUAUUAAGCUAACCAGACGGCACCAUUUUUUUUAUUUAUGGAUAGCCAGGGACGCACUCCAACACUCAGACAUAAUUUACAAACUAAGCAUUUGUGUUUAGUGAGUCCGCCAGAUCAGAGACCGUAGAGAUGACCAGGCACAUUUUCCUGUACUGCUAAGCAUUCAAAAAUGUAACGAGUACUUUUGGGUGUCAGGGAAAAUGUGUGGAGUAAAAAAUACAUCAUUUUAGGAAUGUAGUGAAGUAAAAAAAUAUAUAUAUAAAUAGUCAAGUAAAGUACAGAUACCCCCAAAAAAUAAUUACGUAGUACUUUAAAGUAUUUUUACUUAAGUACUUUACACCACUGUAUUUGUGCCUCUAUUUUCAUGUCAUCCAACAAAUCUAAAUGCCUACAUUUUGCUAAAUGGCAUUGGCACUUGGAUUGGAAUCGAUGCUUUGGUCAGAUGACAUGAAAAUAGAGCUCUUUGGCCACGCACACAAGUGGUGGGUUUGGCGUCGAAAUGAGAAUGCAUGAGCAGAAAAGAACCCCAUACCUACUGUAAAAUAUGGUGGUGGAGCUUUGAUGUUAUGGGGCUAUUUUCCUUCCACUGGUCCUGGGGCCCUUGUUAAGGUUAACGGCAUCAUGAACUUUACCCAGUAUCAGGAUAUGUUAUCCAAAAACCUGGUUGUCUCUGCCAGGAGGCUGAAACUUGGCCACAAGUGGAUCUUCCAGCAAGACAAUUACCCCAAGCACACAUCAAAAUCCACAAAGAAUCAGUCCAUAAGCACAGAUGAAAAUAUCAAGGAUCUGGAAGGAUUCUGUAUGGAGGAAUGGUCUGAGGUCCCUUCCGAUCUGUUCUCCAACUCAUAAAAUAUUUUAGAAAAAGGCUCAGUGUCGUUAUCCUCGCAAUCUUCGAUCACCAACACUAGCUAUCACUCGCUAACAGGGGGGGAAAUAGUCUAGGUAGAUAAUUUGAUUCUUCUUACAUGUACAGUACUACUAAAUGUAAAAAGUACGGGUGUAAACAUACUCUAGAGAAAGUUUCCUAACACCGUAUGUUUUGCUAUUCCAUUUCUUUCGCUAUUCCUUUUUUAAAAUUGAGAUUGAUUUAAUAAUUUAUAAUAUUUUUAUUUAAUCAUAUAAAACUAACCUAUGACCUUAAAAGUCACCUUAUGUAUAACUGCCUCCCAGUUGCAAGAGGACGACAUCCCAAAAAACACCCCCUCAAAAAAACUAUGCAACACAAAUGGCUCCUAUCCUCCCAUGCAUGCUGUCUGUCCCUAACACUAAAACUGAAACUAAGGGCUCUAUUAAAUCCAUAGCGCUGAAGAUCCGCUAUAUAGCGUGAUUGACAAUUCAAGGCAACGUUCCCGCGGGCGCGGCGACUGCGUUCACUGUAAACGUUGUAUAUGUCUGCUCAAUCGGAAAUGACCUUUACAUUUUAAUGCGGAUCUUCGGCGAUACUCUGGCGAUACGGAUUGAAUCCAGCACUAAAUAAUAUCAAAACAAAAUAUAAAUAUUUUUAUACGACUAAAACUAAAUCAAAACUAACAAAUCAGGUCUGAAAACAAACUGAAACUCAACUGAAUUUCAAAUAAAAGUGUCAAAACGAAUAGAAAUAAAAAUGAACAAACAAAACUAUUACAACCUUGACCUAAAGUACGUAAGUGAAAAAAUAACAUUACUUUCACUACCACUAGUUAUGGUGUAAAUACCACUGUAACUACCAAUAGUUAGUGGCACUGUAACUAUCACAUGUGAUCCAUAUGUGUGUGAUAUGCUGCCACUGAACAAGAUAAUUGUUCAAUGACAAAUAAUCAAUGAUUUAUAUCCAGUUUGUUGUGUACAAAGGUAGAACCAUUCAACAAUCUAUAAAUGUAAGUAGGGCGUGUAUAGUACUUAUAUUAUAGUACGCUGAUACCUUUACAAAACUGUGCCAAGAGCUUACUGUACAUAUACAGCAGGGGUCUCAAAGCCAUUUCGCCGGGGACCACGUUCUCUUCUCUUGUCUUCAAUCAGGUUAAAUCAAGGUUAGACCACAUUAAAUAUGUUUGUGGUCCGUGGGCCGCCAGUUUGAGACCCCUGACAUGAGUGUUAUGUUCAUAGAACAAUAUCUACUCAUGAAGUAACGUGAGACUUGAGAUAUCUACUUUUUACAGUGGUCAUGAUAUGUCAGUUGCAUUUGGAUUGCCAAGAUAAGGAAUGUAUUCAGUUUGUUUGUGUCUGUACACAAUAAUAUGAACCUAAGACUGGAUGUAUUAAAUGAAGAUAUUGUUAAAAAUUUCCAUCAAUAAUCACGUUUUUUUGUGUGUUUUUCUUUUCAUUGAAACUGAAUUGAUAUUAUAUAAAUAUUAUACAUAUUUUUUAUGUCUCGAAGGGUAUAUUGGAGGUGACAGCUUAAGGGGAAAACGUUUUAUAUUUGCCUGUAUACUUCCAUGAUGGCUUUAAACUGUGGUCAUAUCUGCAUGGUCAUUUUGAUAUGUACUGUAUCGAAAGGCUUAUUUUUUGUAUAUGACACCUUUUGAAAGUUUUGGCUGGUACCUUGAUUUAUACCUACUCAAUCAAUCAACCAAUUGAUUAACUCGUAAUUAUUUCUAUCACUGUAAAUACAAUAUUUGUAACUUUGCCAUGCAGUUGUUAGGAAAUGUUGUUUGGAAAGCAUAUCUACAUAAAUAAAUCAUGUUUGGCAGAAGAAGAUGUUUGAUGUUUAAUAGACUGAGGAUGUAUUUGUAUAGAGUUGAGAGCAUAGAAAUUAAAUGUAUAGAAAUAUAUAAUCUAGUCAUUCUAUUUCUAUGGUCGAACUGUCAGUUGGCUUUAUUAUACAUUUGUAACGUUGGCCUGUGCACAUUCAGAACAGAUGUGGUGAUUGGUGGAUAGCUUUGUGGCUAACGAAACAGAAGUCUCAGUCAGAAGUCGCUCCUAUUUAGAGGGUGAAUUCCAAUCAUUGUGUAUAAUGAUACCACCAGACAUACUCUGUAUUUCACAUUCUAAAUACACUCUGUAUUUCACCAUUCUAUGGAGUUGACUAUGUCUAAAUAUUGAAAUAAAUGUUUGAUUAUCAAACUGGA